UUGUGUACGUUCGUUUGUUUUUUGUUUCCUGCAUGAGGGAGAAAUUAUUUCUAUUUAUUAUUUUUACUUAGACAUCUGGAAAUAAUAUAGGAUACACCUCACAUGGUCUGUCAAUUAAGGAAACGCAAGAGUUAAUUUUUAGAUGACAUUUUCAGUUAAUGAAAAGAUUCGUUUAAAUCUCGAGGGGAAAUUGAGACAAACCGAUUGUCGUAUUAUUCACUAUAUAAGAAAGAAUGUGAGGAAUAUAAUAUUCUGCGCUCUUUUGCUUUGUAAUUUUUUAUUCAUAACCUUUAUGAUAAACGUGAAUAUAUAGUAAAAGUUUUGAGUGGAAAAAUAAUAGAAGACCUCGGUCAAAGCCUCGGAAAAUAUGAGUGUUAAUAAAAUUAAAAGUCUCAAACUUCAACGACACAAUGAAUCUGCCAACAAACUCGAAGAUACGUCGAUAUCAAUUCUGAACGAUGAGAAGAGAGAAAGCGGAGAGAUAUGGCCACAACAUCAAGAAACACUGACACCAGUUCACAGUACACCGAAGCGGUCAUCAGUAAAGUCAAGUGGGAUGCAAGAGCAAUUGGAGAAUCAUACAAGCCCGAUGCUGUUGCCUUGCACACAAGACGGUAAUGAAGUAGCUUGGGACUGGCAAAGUCCGUUAGCAAAAUCAGCAGCUACUAACAGAAGCAAAACGAAUGCUGAAAAUGUUGGAACGCCGAAACGAAAGAUGUUACUACAAAAAAAACGUAAUUCGAAUUCCCCGUUGUUGUACAAGCCCUCGAAAAGAAAAAUAAUGAACAAUGACAAUCAACAAGAAUGUUUUGAGAUAUUUACUGCUGAGAUGAAGGCUCUCUCAGAGCAAAUAAAAACUGUGCCAAAGGACGAAGAUAAUCGAGUGGGAAGAAUUGAAAAUGAAGAAAAAAUCGAGGGGGGCGAAAUUGAAUCAUUGAUCAAUAUCGAUAUCGAAGAUUUUGGGGAUUGCGGAACAAAGGUUGAAGCAAAGAACGAAGUCGCGGGGUCGACUUGGAAAAAGCCCGAAUCUUCGAUCGGUAAAACAUGUAUAGACGAUCUUUUCGACGAAUCGAUCGAAGACUCAAUGGUUAAGUGUAGCCAAGAAGUCGAGGAGAAAUUGAAACUCGAAAGCUCGAAAACAAAUUCGUCUGGUAACAACAGUUUGAAAGAUUUGUCUUGGCAUCAACAAUCCUACAGUUUCCUUAGUUCAAAAGACAAGUCGAGUGAAAAGAAUCAAAUUCCCUCUUCCUCCAGACUCACCGAAAGUAUAAAUACGAAAAUGAAGCCGUCUGAUCCAGCAAUUGGAAAAGAAUUAAGCAAAACUCAUUCGAUUUGCUCAAAACUACAGAGUACUUCAAACACAGCUGAUAAAUUAAAAAAUGACAAGUCAGCUGCAAAAGAAUUGCAAAAGACUUGCGUGGCAGGCUCGAAAACAAAAAGCUCUCCGAAUGAGCCCAGGAAAGUAGAAGCAACAGUCAUGAGAAGUGGAAAUUCUUCAAAAUUUUCCUGUCUAAAUAACAACAUCGAAACAGCUUCAGUUUCCAAGACGAAUCCCAGUGCGACGACGAAGCAGAAUGAAAUUUUCGAGAUUCCCGAUGACUCGUUUGACGAGGACUUUCUUGACGUUUGCUUCGACGACGUUGAAAAUAUAGCUGUGGAAAAACCAAGCGAGAGUAAUCAAUUAUCGAACCGUUACGGCAAAUUUUACACGAGUCCUCAUUCAAAUGUGUCUUCAGAUACCAGAGGCGGAGGGCAAUUCGUGGGAACAGCAAAAAAAUUAUUACUUCCACCUCCUCCGGAAACUUCGAGACUGAAAAACGAUUUGAAGAAUUUUUCACGUACUUCGAGCACCGAAAGUAUCGAUGUGAAAUUGACGGCUUUGCAACAAUCACAAUCAUCGACAACAAACACAUCGAGGAAAUUUUUUAAAACAAAAAGCCUCUCGACUUCGAGUUUUGAUGAUCAUAUCGUGGAUCUGGGCAGGAUUUCGUCAAUAGCAACGGUCUCCAAAAUCGUAACAGCAAACCCGACCAACGGGAAAGACGGAAAAAGUAACUUUUGCCUAAAAAGCUCGUCAGUAAGUACAGAACAACAACACAAGCAACAACGACAACAGCACGAACAACAACAACAUAAAACAUCGAUUGAUAUGUUUACGAAUAAUGCAUGGCCAAGAACAAACGGUGAACAUAAUAAUGGAAUUACACAUUUCAACAGAAACGCACCAAGAGACGAUGGUAACCGAUUAAAUAUAAUAAGCGAAAGUCUACAGAAGCAACAUAUCAGCGUUAAAAAUGGAACGACUGGCUCACAGUCAAUGCAAAUGUGUACCCCUGAGGAGAUUGAAAGAAAACGUCGGGAGGCUAAACUAAAGCUUGAAAUGAAGAGAAAAUUGCAAGCCCGUUCCAAGUCAGCCGGUAUACUAACGGAUUUUCCACCAAACAGGGCACCCGUUAAAAGGUGAAAGAGGUUGAAAGAAUACAGAAAUACAAAUUGAAUUCAGCCUCAUUGGUUAGUUCUACUUCCAUUCCAAUGUUAACGAAAACUUUUAAUCGGUUAAUGAUUGUUGCUUUCUCAAAGCCGCUCAUUAGUAAUCUUAACAAAUUAUCCAAUGAUCUUUCGAGACAUUGAAAUUUCCUUUCUUUACCUGCAUCAGGUGAUCAAUCGUCCCGGUAUUCAAACAGCUUACCAUGAACAGAUUAUAAUUAGUAGAUCGAGCUAACGAUUGAUUUACUGAAUUAUUUUUGUACACAUCCAGAGUAAUCGAACAGUGAGCGAAGUACAAAGAAUAGCACGACACAAUGUAUGAGUACAGACGGGAGUUGGAAAUUGCACGAUUUUUGUGCAUUGCUGAAAUUUGCAACGUUAGAACUGAACGAUUUUCUCUAAUAUUUCGCAUUGCUACAUUUGUCCUUUGAUAGGAGAUGCAAUAAAAAUUUUACAGCAGAACCAAAAACUGCAAAAUCAAUGAAAACAUUUAUAUGCACUGAAAUGAAAUUCCGUCACGUUCUAACGAUGCGAAUCUCAACAACAACGAUCUCUCGUUCUACUUAUUAUUUAUGUUAAAAUUUUGUUAUUAUGUUAAAUAAAUAAGUUUUGUUACUUUGCUAAGACAGUCUCGUACAGAGGGGUCAUGUCAAUACAUAAUUGGCUCAGUGA